UUUUAAUAAAACUAAAAACCAUCUAAGGAGAAAAGGGAGAAAAAUUCGAGAAUGGAGGGAGGAAGCGAGUCGUGUGCGUCAUGGAUCAGGCGCCCGGAGAACCGCGUGCUGGUCGUCGUAGGCAAGCCGAAGAUCGGUGUCUCCCUGCCUCUCCUUGAGGUCUUCUCAUUCGAUGUCAAAACCGCCUCGCUAUCGGCCGAUCCCCUGGUGACCUGUGCGAUGGGAGAAGAAGACGGGGAUCCCGUGGGCUUUGCAGUGCAUCCCAGUGGAGAGGAGAUUGUUUGCUCCACGGCCAAAGGUUGCAAAUUAUUUGAAUUGUGUGAUCGAGAUUUAAUCUUCAAGCUCGUGGCCAAAGAUCUACCUCCUCUUCAUUCUGUUGGUCCUCAGAAGUGUCUUGCUUUUAGCACAGAUGGUUCCAAAUUUGUCACUGGUGGACAGGAUGGGCAUCUUAGAAUCAUAGAGUGGCCAAGUUUGAAAGUUCUUUUGGAUGAACCGAGAGCACAUAAAUGCUUCCGAGAUAUGGAUAUCAGCUUAGAUUCAGAAUUCUUGGUUUCAACCUCUACUGAUGGUUCUGCAAGAAUAUGGAAAAUAAAUGGUGCAGCUCCAAUGAUUUCUUUGACCCGUAAUCCGGAUGAGAAAAUUGAAUGUUGCCGAUUCUCUAGGGAUGGCAUGAGGCCUUUUUUGUUUUGCACAGUUCAAAAGGGUGGCAAGGUGGUUACUGCUGUUUGGGAUAUCAGUACUUGGAAUAGAAUUGGGUUCAAAAGGUUACUUAGAAAACCUAUCUCAGCACUUUCUGUUAGCUUGGACGGAAAGUACUUAGCAUUAGGCAGCAGUGAUGGUGACAUUUGUGUGGUUGAAGUAAAGAAAAUGGAAAUCUCUCAUUGGAGCAAGAAGCAUCAUCUGGGGACAGCCAUUUCCUCAAUUGAGUUCUGCCCUUUAGAAAGAAUUGUAAUUAGUACAUCAAACCAACGAGGAGCAGUCAUCACAAAGCUCAAUGUCCCUGCAGAUUGGAAAGAAUGGCAAAUAUACUUUUUACUUUUGUUUCUUUUCUUGGGCUCGGCUGUGAUCUUUUACCUGUUUCAUGAGCACUCAGAUUCAUUCUGGAAUUUUCCCCUAGGAAGAAAUCAACCAAAUAGGCCCUAUUUGAGAACUCUUGUACAAGAUUCUCAGCUAGCAGAUGAUCAGAGCCCCUGGUGAUGUUACUUUAAUAUUUUGGAAAAAAAAAACAGAGGCAAUUUGAAAUAUAUUACUUUAUAUAUAUAUAUAUAUUCUGAAAUAUUUGUAAUAUGUAUUACAGAGGCCACUGAAAAUGUAAUGCAUUAUCUAGGCAAUUUGAGAGGCUUAUUGCCUCUACUUCAUUUUCUGGUUCA